UGACAAAUUGAUUGUCAAAAGAAAUAAGAUCCAGUCUUAGUGAUGAUUUGUUUUUCAUUGAAGCUGAUGGGGUAAAUAUUAUCCAGGGAUGAUAACAAGUCGCCAAAGAUAAGUUCUGCACUAAAGUAUUAAUGGCCAAACUACCGAAUGGCUGGUUUCAGCUGGUACCUUUCUGAAGGCUUCCAAGUUAUAAUCGAGAAGUCAAAGGAAGCAAAAUGCUCUUUACAAGAUGUACAGUUGCGUUUCUUGUGCCCUGACGAUUUAGAGGAAGUAAGGAGUUUGUGCAGAGAAUGGUUCCCCAUAGAGUACCCUCAGUCAUGGUACGAAGACAUCACUUCAUCGGAGAGAUUCUUUGCUCUCGCAGCAGUAUACAAAUCACAGAUUAUUGGUCUCAUAGUGGCAGAAAUUAAGCCAUAUUUGAAGCUUAACGCUGAAGACAGAGGAAUAUUAUCAAGAUGGUUUGCCUCUAAGGACACACUUGUUGCGUAUAUAUUAUCUUUAGGGGUGGUCCGGUCGUACCGGCGCUCCGGAGUGGCCACACUUCUGCUGGAUGUGUUGCUGAGCCACCUGGCGGGCGCUGCUCCACAGCCGCCGCACGACCACCGCGUCAAGGCCAUCUUCUUGCACGUGCUCACCACCAACACUGAGGCUAUACACUUUUAUGAACAAAAAAGAUUCCGUCUGCACUCCUUCCUUCCCUACUACUACUCGAUCCAGGGCCGCAACAAGGACGGGUUCACGUACGUGUACUAUGUAAACGGCGGUCACGCGCCGUGGGGCAUCUACGACUACGUCAAGUACGUGGCGCGCGCGGCGUGGCGCGGCGGCGGGCUCUACCCCUGGCUGUGGGGCAAGCUGCAGGCCGCGCUCACUAUCGCGUGGCACAGACCCGCCGCGAGAAAAACGCCUUUAGUGAUAACGCCAUAGAGUUGCCUUUCGUGUUUACUAACUCCUAAGAUAAUAUUAACACCGGACGACGAGCUGUAUCAUUUUCUAACGUUCUGCGACUUUCUCUAAUUAUAUGUACAUAUAAUAUCGACAUUAACUGUUAGUCUUCUAAUGUCUUAUUGUUAACCUGCAACUUUACUUUUAAAAUAAAUGUGUGUGUUUCAAUGAUAUAGUUUUGACUUGCAAUACGCUUUUACUAUGCACUACAUUGAUAUAGACAGCAGAACUAGCUAAGCAGGUUACUUAUCACUUGAUCAAAAUGAUUAAUAUGAUUAUACAAUCUACCCGAUUUUAAGGUAACUUUAAGGUAAGUCAAUUAAUGGAUGGAUAUGGAUUAGAUGGGUCAGUGUCAAAAGUAACGUUUUUGUUUGAAGAAACUUCACAUUUGACACUGACAUAUCUAAUCAAUAUCGUUUCUAAAUCAAUUAAUUGACGUAUCUUAAAGCUCGAAUCGGGCCGAAUGUACCUAAUUGUUGUUAUGAGUAGAAGAGAAAGAGCGUGGGUAGAUAAUUUCAACUAAUUUGUCCACUUGGCAACCUUUGAUGCUGAUCGUGUGUAUAAAGAUAGGUAUUUAAGAAGAAACUCAUUUAAUUCAUGAUACACAAUACUAAGUUUAGCCAUCAAACAAGGAAAAUGUUACAAGGUUUAGUUUUUAAAUUCCCUAUUGAGUCAUUAGCACGCUUACCGAUGUCUGGUGUCUACAGGGUGUUACUGACCAUGGGGCUUUAAAUCGAGGGCUUGAUUCGACUCGCUAUACUGAGCUACUUUUAUUAUGGCACCAACCCCGAAACCCCGAAAAAAAUUUUACUUUUUCAUACAUUUUGGCUUAUCAGAUGUCGACGUUAUCUAUGGAAAAGCCAAAAUUUUUUUCCUGGUUUUAGGGUUGGUCCUAUAUUAAAAGUAGCUCAGUUUAGCGAGUAAAAUCAAGCCCUGGAAUUAAAGCCCCAUGGUCAGACACAUAAUAAAUCGUAAAUAGGUAUAGGAAUGUCGUAAUUGAGCUAAGCAAACCAUUUAUUUCAAUAUGAUUGACGAAAUAUUUUAAUACCUCUUGACUUCUAAUAGUGCAAUAAGACUCGUGUGUAAAUAAACCAGUGUACUCUACUAAGAUUUUAAAUCAGACCAUUUUCGAGAUUAUACCUAUAUGCCUUCUUCGUGUUUGUUAUUAAAUGCAUUAAAUGUAAUAACUUCAAGGCAACCAGAGUGUGUGUAGGGGCUAUAUUUUCGUUUUUCAAUAAUUAUUUUUAUUGUAUGCAUAUAAUAUACAUAUUUUCUACAUUGUGUUUGUUGUGUUCGCAAGAUCAUUUACCGUUUUGUUUGAGUUUUAAAAAUAUCAUACCAACGAAUUUCACAUAUACAACCGCUGAUAUCUACCAAGACAUUUCUUUGUUAACGUGUGUUUAAGUAUAAAUUUAUAUCUUGCAAAUAUCUAUUACGUUUUCAGGAAUGCCUACAGAUUUUAGAGGCGCGUCGCGUACCCCGCAAUCCAGUGCGAGUUUUAGUUUGAGGACGAAAAGGCAUAUAUUUAAUAUCUAAAAGUAUUUAUGAAUGUAUUAUUAUUUUAUAUAAUUUGACAUAUACAUAUUUACAUCAUGUGUGCAUAGAAAUCGACAAAGAUAUAUGUGAUAAAUUUUAGUUUUACACUGAGGUACGUGAUCAUUAUUUUCUUGUAUUUUUGAGAUAUUUGGCAUGAGUUUGUGGGAUUACGUACAGUCGUAUUGACCGAGAAAUGUAAGAGACAAGACGAAGAAGGCAUUGGAAUUUUGAUGAAAUAUAAAGUUGUAUGUGUGCCAUGGAUAACUGCCAAGACAUUUAAAGUAAGGUGCCUGUGUGUUCAGUGUAGGAAUUGUGAAUAAACAUUAAGAUAUAUUCAAUUACAAUCAAGAAUUACAUUAGUACGGUCUACUAAGGGUAUUCAGCAAUAAUAUAUACUCAUUUUUACUAUUUAUCUAGCAUGAUGAGAUAACUUUAAUGAUUUUAUUUUGCGUAUGAAACUAUAGGUAAUAAUAUAUUUUGUUAACCUUUGAUUCCAACUAAAAAUGAACACCACCAACUCUUGAGGUAAUAAAUAAUUUGUAAAAGUUAAUUAUUGUACCGAAACCGCACUUUUACUAAAAAAAAAUAUCCAUCCCUUCAUGUUGUGAUGACCAACUUGUGUAUUAAAUAUUAAUAAAAUGCCACACCAUACAGCGGCAAACUCCUUAACUUACGAAUCAUAUACAAUGCUUUCUUUGUGACGAAACAAAUUAGGUACAUUAAAUAAGUAGUUUUAAGUUUAUUCUUUGCAUCCAUAUUAAAAAUACAUAAAAUUAAUUUAAACUACUUUACUAAAUUAUGUGGACAAUUUUUAUUACAAUUUUUAACUACUUAAAGUAUGAUUUACGAUUACGACUGUUUCGUUGUAUAAUUAUGUGCUGUAGAACUCUAUGGAAGCACCGUAUCAUGCACUAAUAAUUAUUGUGCACUUUCCCAGGGUAGGAUUGUAUUGUUACUCAUUGUAAACCAAAGUAUUUUAAUUUACAUGAUUUUGUUACUAGCUGUCGAUGUUUUAUUUCUAAUUAUUAUUGAUUAAAUUAUUGUUAAGUGUUUAUUAUGCAAACAAGUAUUAUUUGGAUCACUACUCAUUUAGUUUGUAUUAUUUAGGACGAUUUUGUAAGUAUUCAUAAAAUUAUGUUACAUUACAUACAUAAUGUAGUACUAGGCCAAUGAGAAGAGUUGAAAACGAUUACUAAACCAUUUUUUAUAUGUAGCAACCUUUACAUGCAUUACAAAUACAUGUUAGUAAAUAAAGAAGACUCAUCUCCCAUACAGAGCCGCGAGAAUCGUCGAAUGUUCUAGGUGACAUUAAAUAUUAUUUUUACAUUUUAGUUAGAGUUAGACCAAGCUAAGUUGGCAGCGAUUUUGAUAGCACAGACAGUGCAAGUGUUAUUUAAACGUCAUAGUUUUUUAUAGAAGUUUGACGGUCUGGUAUACCAAAAUUGCUGCUAACAUAGCUUGGUCUAACCAUAUUUGCGUAUGAAAUGGGGCUGCCACCUUCCUGCUUUUGAUAAUUUCAAAACGUAAAGUUGAACUUGUCUGAUCGUAGUCAUAGUCACUAAGUUAGAUUUACUUAGAGCAUAAAUAAAUCAUUUAAGCCCUUAGAAAAGGUUUUGAAAUGUGAAAACUAGAUAGCGCCGUUAAAUAAAAAUAUGCCUAGAAUGCUUUUAUUAAGCUUUAAUUGUACUUUUGU